AUGGAACCAGUCUUACCAAAUGAUUCUAUCCUUAGUGCAGAAUACGAGACCCUAGGGUUAAUAGACAAUGAUAACAGCAAUGGAUCUGUGAUAGAUAAUGAAGACGAUGAAGUUUGGGAUGAUGGUGAUGAAGAUGACUCUGAUGAUGAUCACGACAUUUUGGGUAUCAGAGACGGACACGAUUACAUAGCUUGUUAUGGUAGAGAUGCUUGGGAUAAACUUAUUCAAGCCCAGGAGGCUCGUCAUCGUAUAUCCUUCUUAGGUUAUUUACCCAACGCCUUCCAAAUAUUUCUGAGCAAGCAAAGAAUGGACUAUUUGAUAUAUUUACCGAAUCAUCUGCUUUUGGAGUAA